AUAUUAUAUGUAUAUAUAAUAUAUUUUAAUGCGAAGUUUUGAACCAAACGAAUGGAAGAUAAAGCUUUUGAAUGCGCUCGUGUUGAAUCGGAUUAGAAAAUAAGUAUUUACUUUAUUUUACUUACUGAAAAGGAUUGAUAUUAUUUAAAUAAUUGAGAUCUAAUUAAUUGGACUAAAUAGUAAUCGAUAUCUACGUAAAAUGAAAAGAAACAACAAAAUAAUUUGAUUAAAAAAAGAUGAAGUAUCGAAGAAGAAAAAUGCUUAAGUGUCAAAGGCGAGAAAAUCUAAUACGAAGGAAUACAAAAUUCAAACUUAAUUUAAUCAAGUGACAUGUUCGUAAACAAAUGAUUUAAUUUGUUAUGUUACUCCGUGAGCUUUAUUUAAUUUAACUUUAUAGGUAUUUUCAAACUAAGACAAAAGAAAAAUAUGAUGAAAAGAGUCAAAUGAUAGAAAUGGAAAAUAAGCUUCCAGUAGAUACGGAUUGGUCUUCUGGCAAUAAAUAUAUGAAAAGUUCAUUGCAUGCAUUUUUCACUGCCACUAAAAAUAAUCAUAACGUUGUAUCUCUAAAGAAACAAAUUUAUUUAGAAGAAGACAAACGUAACUUUCAAGCGUUAAAGAAUAUGAAAAAUCCUGAAGAUUUGACGAAUAAAGACAGUGAUAAAAUAAACGAUGAAGAAGCUUCUAUAUCUUCGGAUGUAAUAACGACAAAUCAUAAAUCGCAGCCUUUAAAUUCCACGUUGACUAGGACUGUGAAUGAAAAUGCACAUAUACGUUCAGAGAUCAAAGAUGUACAUGAAACAUUGUGUCGAAGAGGUCAAAUAGAUGUUAUAGAAAUGCCAUUGGAACAAACAUAUUUUUAUAAAUACUUCUUAGUUUAUGAAGAUCUACCGUCAAAAUUUGUGGUACUGCAUGCUUUGCAAAGUAACACAGCAAAAGAAGUAGCUAAUAAGUUGCUAGAUAUAUUAUCAAUUAUUGGAGCUCCUCAAGUUUUACAAAGUGGAAAUGGACGUAAUUUUGCUGAACAAAUAGUUAAAGAGUUACGUAUUUUAUGGAAAGAUUUUAUCAUAUUACAUGGAAAUAUUUGCAAAUGUGAAGAAGAUGAUAAUAGGGAUUUUAAAAAUUUAUUGAAAUGUUGGUUAAACAAAAAUCCUGACAAAUCGUGGUACGAAGGUUUAAAAUUUAUACAAAUCUUUCAAAAUUCGACAUAUCGUUGUCAAAAUGGUAAAAUACCGUGCGACGUAUUAUUUGGACAAAACGUUCAUCAAGAGUUUCAAAAAUUAAUAAUUCCUAAAAAUGCUGCAAACGACAUGUGGACAGAAGAGGAAUGGAUUAAUGAUACGUUAAAUAAAAAACUAAAUAACACUACUACGAUUGAAAAUUCGACUCAUACAUCUGAAAAUAUAAUUUCGAUAAACACAAGCGAUACGGAUAAAAAUGAUAAUUGUCAUAUUGAAUAUCAUGAUAUAUCGCAUAAUAAUCAUGUAAACGCUCACGAUGAUUCUAUUCAAUUUCAAAAGAAUUCAAACAGUUUUAAAUUUGUCAGCGUUAAAAGUGAAACAUUUUUAGAUAAUUUACAAAUGGAAGAUUCGAUAUGUAUGGAAGCAAACAUCGAAGAACAUAAUUUUAAUAUAAAUAAUCAAAACUUAACAUGUAAAAUUUGUAAUAAACAGUACAUGAAACUGGGACAUUUAAAAAAUCAUAUGAAAACUCAUAUUAAGAAACGACAAUUUGAUUGCACAUUGUGUAAUAAAAAAUUCCAUAUUUUAAAAUUAUAUGAAAAACAUAUGCAACAGUUUCACGAGAAUCCUCAACAAAUUAACAGUGAUAUAGAUUGCAUAAAAAAGGAUAAAAUUAAUAGUAAAUAUACUGAAAUAAAUCUUAGUAAAAAAGGAAGUAUAGAAACAGAAGAAAUUCCAAAGACACAUAAAUCAAUAAUGAAAUCUUAUUUAAGUAGUAACAUAGUAUUGAAUCGUACAGAUAAAUGUAUUAGAUCUAUUAAAAAAUCAAAUCCUAUAAAUGGAAGACAAUUUCCUAGAAAAAGAGAAGAAAAUAGAAUAUCAAGAUUGAAUGGAAAUCCAACAUUAGAAUGUUCAUAUUGUAAACAAAAAUUUAGUUUUCCUAGUGUAUUAAAAAGGCAUAUGCGUUCUCAUACAAAUGAAAGACCUUACAUUUGUAAAAUAUGUAAUAAAAGUUUUAAGCAAUUAGGUCACCUUAGUCAACAUUCAUUGACACAUAAAGAUUACAAAUCUAUCCAAUGUACAACAUGUUGCAUUAAAUUUGAAUCUCUGGAUUUACUUAAAACUCAUUCGCAAUUACAUCAAGGUGAAUCGAUAUUAAAGUCUAAAGAAAUUUAUCGUCUUUUUGAGUGCGACAAUUGUAAGAAGGUUUUUACAACAAAAAGUGUGUUGGAACGUCAUAUAUUUACUCACACGCAUGAGCGUCAAUUUGGAUGUAAAAUAUGUGGGAAACGAUUUAAGCAAGCUGGUCACGUAAAAUCUCAUAUGUUAGUUCAUACUGGAGAACGAAAAUUUGAAUGCACUGUAUGUUCGAAGAGAUUUAGCUUAUCGAAUUCGUUAAAAAAACAUAUGUACAUUCAUAAUGGUGAAAAACCAUAUCAGUGUGAUGUAUGCGGAGCAAGAUUUUUAGAGAAAAGAAAUCUUAACGGACAUCUUAUGACACAUACAAACGAAAGGCCAUUUUCUUGCAAAAUAUGUGGUAAAAGAUACACGUUAGCAGAUACGUUACGUCGGCAUGUCAGUGCUGCCCAUGAAGAUGGUCGAACGUAUCAAUGUGAAAUUUGUGCAAAAAUGUUUAAACAGUUGGCGCAUUUGUCCGUUCACAAGAAAGUACACAACGACGAACGUCCUUUCCAAUGUCACCUUUGUGAAAAAAAUUUUAAACACAAAAAUGUUCUCAAAUCUCAUUUAGCAAUUCACGCUAAUAUUCGACCUUUCGAAUGCGACAUUUGUAAAGCAACAUUUGUUAGAAAGACUAACUUGCAAACACAUAUAGCAUCGGCGCAUAUGAAUGAACGUCCAUAUGCUUGUACAAUUUGCGGUAAACGUUUUAAACAGAUAAGUCAUUUAAAUGGUCACGUUGUUGUUCAUAGUAAUUCAAUGCCUUAUCAGUGUGAUUAUUGCGAUCGUCGCUGUAAUAGAUUGGACAAUUUAAAAAAGCAUAUGCGUCUUCAUACAAAAGACAAAGAAUGAAUAAAUGAAAGUUGCGAAUUCAGAAUGUUUAAUGCAGAAUAUCUUAUUAAUUUAUAAUUUAAUUCUAUA